AACUUUCUAACUAUCCUCAAAAGCUUUGUUAAAGUCACAAUGUUACACCUUCGCUGGUUUCACAGAUAUUCAGAGAAAAACAACAAUUCUGGUGCAUUUUCAAAUCCAAGAAGGCAAUAAUUUUGUCAAAAUCAUACACAGAAUUAUGGUACUUUAUACUAACACUACGAUCCAAAAGAAUCUGGUAUAUUUUCAAACUAUUAUAAGUGGUCUUGUGUAUAUGGGAGUUUUUUUAAACAUGUUGAAAUUGUAACUGAAGUAGUAUGAAUGAGCUUAUAAUUAUUAUUGUUAAUUUUAUAACCAGAGCUUCAUUGCCAUACUGUACUGCUGAAUACCAUAUUAUAGCACCAUAUAAUAUUUGAUAUUUAUUAAAUGUUGUUUCAUUCCCGGACAAACAAACAAAAAAUGCUAUUGCUGUUUACAGAUAAUGAAAAUGCACUGGCGAGGUUUGCUACAGCUGCCCACAAGAAUGUCGUUAAAGACAAGCUUGAACCUGGGCAGGAGGUACCAGAGGAGCUCUUCUCCUUCCAGUUAAAUCCAGGGAAAUCUGCUGGGAAAAGAGAAAGAACUGAAACACAACUAAUGAAAGAGAGCAAAGAGCAGGACGCUCCUUAGAGUCCUAAGAAAAAGAAACUGAAAGCAAAACAUGGUCAAACUGAAACAAAGGGAAGAUUCUAAGGAAACCAGCAAAGAGGAAAGAAAAACAGUCCAAACAAAACUCAGACACGAGAAAUGACAGAAACACAACUAACGGAGAGCAAAGAGCAGGCAGCUACUUUGAGUCCUAAGAAAAAGAAACUUAAAGCAAAAAAUGGUCAAAAUGAAACAGAGGAAACCAGUGAAAAGAAAAACGAAAACAGUCAAAACAAAACUCAGGCAGGUUCAAAAGGGAAAUGUGUAGAUGGCACUGCACUUCAAAUAGGGAGAACUAUGAUUUCAUUGAUGGACCAGUUUUUGGAUGAAAGCCCUCCAGCUUCAACCAGUGGAGAACAGUCAAACUCAGUAGAGGCCAACAGUGAAACUGAUUGCAUCUCGAAGACGAAGGCAAAUCAGAAUCAAAUACAUGAUAAUGGUGGAUCUGAUGGCAAGAACACAGGAAGCUCUACAGUGCCCCCUGGAUGGAAUAUUUUACCAGUUCAGCACUACAGAAUUCAGCACCAGCAAAUGGUUUUCAGUCAGAUGCUGAUGAUCUAAAUGUCCCACAAAUGAGUCUCACCAAUACAUGGCAGACUUGCCAAAGUGCCAUGGCUGCUGUAAGCAGUGAAACUUCACACAGUCCAAACAGACAAAUACCAAUGCCAUCAGCUGAGGUUCUGCAAACUUUGAGGGCAGUCUGUCCGCCAGAUUUCAUUGCUUUUAUAAGCUAUUUAACAGAACAUCUACAGCAACCAAGUAAUUGUAACCACCCUUGUUUCCAGCCUCAGGUUAAUAUGCCUCAGCCUCAGCCAAGUUUUUACAUGGAUCUUAUGAAUAGUGACAUUGAGAACAGCUUAUGCUCCUACCAAUCAGUCCCUGAAGACCUUUCAACUAUGUGCCAUUAGAAACCAGUACACCAGCAAAGACAGCAUGUACCACAUCUAUGGUAGGUUGACUUGCAUAUUAGAAGUUAAGAUUGCAAUAAUGCAUGUGCACACUAUACAAUGCAAUCCAAUAAGCAACAAUAAGUGUUUAAAAUAAAUGAUCUGGUAAUUAUUAGUCAUUAGUGUCUUGCAACAUGUACAUGUUUUUACCAGUAUACACCACUUUUAGACUGUAGGCAUAUAUUUUUAGGGCUCAGGGAUGAUUUCAAAAUUUUAAAACCGGUUAAUCAUUUGUAUGAAAUCGAAUCAAACCGGUCAGUCGGCCGGCAUAUUUGAAAUGCUGUUUUCUUUCCAGACGACUGUAUAAAGGUAGUUCAUUAGGAACUUACGGACUUUAUUGUUUGGAAGCAGUGUGAUAAUUAAUAAGUCAUAUUUUGGUGUAUUUUAUUUUAGAUAUAUCACGACAAGCAAAUCCGAGACUAUUGAUAAUGUUCAAGUUGAUGUGUUUUAACGGAAAUAUACUGUGUGUCUUAUAAUAUGCUGGUCAAAGAAAUGUAUAAAGAUAAAGUACGAUUCGUGAUGUUUAUUGUUUGAAAGCGAUUAGCGGUUUUGCAAAAUUGAAACCGGUUUCACCUAGUAAUCGAAUCGGACCUAAUUAACUGAGUAAUUGUCCUGGUCCUGUAUAUUUUACCAACUAUAGUGCUGCAUUAUAAUUUUGUUAAAUCUUUGUGGGUCUGUACACUACUUUAGCACUUUUGAUAGAUUCUUAAAUGAUUUUAAAAGUAAUUUAUUGUGCUAAAAUUUAACCUUCUGUCAUUAUGAUAAAAUAUUUGUUUUCAAAAUCACUUUUACAGUUAGUGCAAUAUUUUUUAUUUUCAGACAUCUUCCAAUGUAGAAUUAAGGAGGUCCCCCAGAAAGCAAAUACAAACAAGAGGACCAUGAUGGUCCUGAAUCGCUCACCUGUUUCCACAUGACCCAGUUUUGAGUAUGACGUCGUUUUUUCUAUUAUUUGACAUCGUGACCUAGUUUUUGAGCUCAUGUGACCCAGUUUUAAACUUGACCUUAGUAUUAUCAAGAUAAAAAUUCUGACCAAUUUUCAUGAAGAUCCAUUGAAAAAUAUGGUCUCUAGAGAGGUCACAAGGUUUUUCUAUUAUUUGACCUAUUGACCUAGUUUUCGAAGGUACGUGACCCUGUUUUGAACUUUACCUAGAUAUCAUCAAGGUGAACAUUCUCACUAAUUUUCAUGAA